GCGCUGAUGCCGCCCUUCCACUCUCCCCGUCGACAUGUCCUGAAGUCCAAACUCCAAACCCCUGACCCUCUCUGACCUCGGAGAUGGCGGCGUCACUCUCCAAGCACCUCCGCCUCCGCCUGCGCGGCGGCGGCGGCGAGCGACGCCUCCUCCCCUCCCGCGCCUCCACUUCUCACGCCUCAUCACCCGGACCUCCUCCUCCGCCGCCGCCUCCUCCCGGCGUCGCCGCGCCUCCGCCCCCAGGGGCGGGGAAGGAGGCGAGCGCGUGGUCCAAGCUCUUCCUCUUCGCGCCCGGCGCCAUCACCUUCGGCCUCGGCACAUGGCAGCUCUUCAGGAGGCAGGAGAAGAUAGCGAUGCUGGAUUACAGAACGCGGAGGCUGGAGAUGGAGCCCGUGGCGUGGAACGAGGCGACCUCUUCCGCUGCCCUGCGUGAUCCGGACGCGCUGGAGUUCCGGAAGAUAGUGUGCGAGGGCGACUUCGACGAGGAGAAAUCAGUGUUCGUCGGACCUCGCUCGCGGAGCAUCUCGGGUGUGACAGAGAAUGGGUAUUAUGUCAUCACUCCGUUGAUUCCCAGGUUGACUGAGCCCAGCAGUUUGCAGUCACCUAUCCUUGUGAAUAGAGGAUGGGUUCCUCGUGGAUGGCGUGAUAAAAAUGUUAAGGAUAACCAAAUCCUGGAUGAAGCUUCAGAAUCAAAAGCUGUUAAACAGCCAGACGGAAAAAGUUCAUGGUGGAAGUUUUGGUCUAAUGAACCUAAAUUAUCUCCUGAGAUUGAAAAACCUAGAGAACCUCCUGUAAGAGUUACUGGAGUAAUCCGAGGAAGUGAGAAGCCAAGUAUAUUUGUUCCAGCGAAUGAGCCCAAUAGUGGCCAGUGGUUUUACGUGGAUGUUCCCAUGAUUGCUCGUGCUUGUGGGCUUCCUGAAAAUACUGUUUAUAUAGAAGAUAUAAACGAAAACGUCUCUCCAACAAACCCUUAUCCUGUUCCAAAAGAUGUCAACACCUUGAUUCGUCACUCAGUGAUGCCAGAAGACCAUCUCAAAUAUACUUUUACAUGGUAUACUCUUUCUGCUGCUGUGACUUACAUGGCUUCCAAGAGGAUAAAGGCUAAGAAGGUUAGGUUGCGACAGUAACAGGAAUAUAGUCCACCAAAUCCAUCGCAGAUGCCCAAACUGCCCCUUUCGUCUCAUCAGGCAAUAAGUAUAAGAUUGCCCUCGUUUUGUUUUGAUAUGCCGUACAUUGGCUAGCUGUUUCUCCUGGUGGAGCCCAGCCCAGAGGAUACAGCAAUUUUGUAUGAUGAUUGUUUCCGCCGGCUGGAAGGGCUGUCUGUAACUGCAAGGUUGCCGAUUCCUUGUAAUAUUUUUGUCAGGGAGCUUACAUACUGAGUAGCCUUAUCUUUUCGCAUUUUUGUAGGAUGAUUGUUUCAUCCGAGAAAUUGUUGCACCGGGUUGCCGACAAUGCA